UUAGUAUUGGUUUGUCUCAGAUAGAUUGUCCCAAAUUAAAGUGAAACAAAAAACAAAAAGAAAAAGUUGAUGGAAGAUUAUCAAGAUUCAUCAUCUUCUACUUCUUCACCUAAUACCACCAACACUGUUACUCCGGAGAGAAACGAAUCCGUAAGAUCAAGAUGGAACCCUAAACCGGAACAAAUCCUUAUCCUCGAAUCCAUCUUCAACAGCGGCAUGGUCAAUCCUCCCAAGGAAGAAACCGUCAGGAUUCGGAAACUUCUAGAGAAAUUCGGCUCCGUCGGCGACGCCAACGUCUUCUACUGGUUCCAGAACCGCCGAUCCCGGUCCAGGCGCCGCCAGCGCCAGCUCCAGCUCCAGGCCUCCCUCGGACCACCGCCCGCCGCCGCCCACCACCCUCAGCAAGCCGCCGCCGGUGCUGCAAUUAGUAGCUGUGUUUUUCCGCCUUCUUCGGCUAGUUAUAAUUCCGCUGUUUCUAGUUACUUCCCGAAUCUUCUCGGCUCAUCAUCUUCCUCUUCUUCUUCUCCUCCUUGCUGCGGCGGCGUCGAUGACGAGAUGUUGUGUUUGUCCGGCGGCGAAACGAUGAUGAGUAUGAACAGUGCCGGACUUGAGCCGGCCAGUUCUUCCAUCACCCCAUCGUCACUCAUGUCGUCACACGAUGCUUCUCAUCUGUCAUACCAACCUGGGUUGAUAACAGUGUUCAUAAACGGAGUCGCAACAGAGGUUCCAAGAGGGCCAAUAGACAUUAAAGCAAUGUUUGGAACAGAAGAUGAAUUGUUGCUGUAUCACUCUUCUGGAAUUCCAAUACCUAUCAACCAAUUUGGGAUUUUACUUCAGACUUUAAGGCAUGGUGAAAGCUAUUUCCUGGUAUCGAGAACAGCCUAGUGCGAACUGAAGUGAACCGACCACCUUUCUGAGUUUGCUUUCAAAUCUUCAAUAUUGUUUAGUAUUUUGUGUCUUGUAGCGUCGAUAUUUUAUUUUAUUUUAUUAUACUUAGUGCAAUAAAACUCUAUGGUUUACGUUGGUUUUA